AUGGUGGCGGCAGCUGUUGCGAAGAGCCAGGCGUUUGCCGGCGCCAAGGCCCAGGCCCGCCGGACCCGCCGGGCCGUGCCCGUGGCCGCCGUGCAGCAGCGCGCAGAGGCGGCCCCCGCGGCCGCGCCGCUUCGCCUCCUGGCGGCCGGCCUGGCAGCAGCCGCGCUGUCCGUGGGCGGGCCCGCGGAGGCCGGCGUGGUGCUGGUGCAGCCCGAGGUGAAGAACUUUGUCAAGGACCAGCCCGCCGCCGCCAAGCCCGCCGCGGGCAAGAAGGCAGCACCCAAGAAGGAGGAGUCGUCCUCCUCGGGCGGUCUGGCCUUUGAGACCUUCCGCCCCCUGGUGCUGCCGCUGUCGGUGAUUGCGGUGGUGGGUGCUGGCGCGGCGGCCGCCAAGGCCGACCCCAAGUUUGCCGAGCUGCUGGAUGCGGAGUGGAGCGCAAAGGACUCUAACGCGGUCGGCGCUGGCUACGAAACCGCGCCGGGCCUCAAGGACACGCCCUUCUACGGCGGCAGCAACACCAACGGCGCGGUGGCCAAGAAGGGCACCGCCAAGAAGGCGGCCCCUAAGAAGGCUGGCACCGCCAAAAAGAGCGCGCUGGGCUCCAUCUUUGGCAGCCGGGACUGA